AUGGCAGACCCCAAAAGGCCAAAGCUCGACUCUUCUGCCAUGAGAAUUUGCACCCAUCUGGGCCUGUUCCACGCCGAUGAGGCCUUGGCCGUGUACAUGUUGAGGCUCUUGCCCAAAUACAAGGAGGCGUCUCUCACGAGACUGAGGAAGCCUGAGGACUGGGAAGCGGCCGACAUUGUGGUCGAUGUUGGUGGGAAGUACGAUGGGGUGAAGUGGUUUGACCACCACCAGAGGGAGUUCAACGAGACGUUUUCCGGGAAGUUUGCCACGAAGCUAUCGAGCGCUGGCUUGAUCUAUAAGCACUUUGGUAAGGACAUCAUCCAAGAGACGCUCAAAAUCCAGAAGCCAGAAACCGUGGACUUGCUCUAUUUGAAAGUAUACAAGGAGUUCAUCGAGGCGGUGGACGCCAAUGACAACGGUAUCAACAAUUACCCAGGUGACGUUGAGAAGAAAUUCAACGACAAGAACUUGGGGUUGCCUGCCAUUGUGAGCCAGUUGAACCCUCGAUGGAACAAUGACCCUAAGGACGAGGACUAUGAUGCUGCUUUCGAGAAAGCCAGCGAGUUGAUGGGCACGUGUUUCUACAAUUUGCUCAAAGGGUAUGGCGAGUCCUGGUUGCCUGCAAGGGACAUUGUGGAGGCAGCUUUCGACAAGAGGUUUGAAACGGACAAAAGCGGUGAGGUGAUUGUGCUAGAGAGGUUUUGCCCUUGGAAAGAGCACUUGUACGCCAUAGAAAAGGAGAAAGACGCCCAGGGUGUCAUCAAAUUUGUGCUCUUCGCAGACCUGAGCUCGAAAUGGCGUAUUUCCACCGUGUCGGUGACAUCCACCAGUUUUGAGUUCCGUUUUGGGCUCCCCGAGCCAUGGCGAGGUGUGAGAGACGAAGAGCUCUCUAAAUUGACUGGAGUGCCUGGCUGUAUCUUCGUGCAUGCUGCAGGUUUCAUUGGUGGGUGUGAAACUCAAGAGGGGGUGCUACAGCUUGCUAGAUUGGCUUUGGAACACAAGUAA